CCCGCGCCUGCGCACGCUCCGGCUCGGCGGCUUCUUGUUUGACCAAGGCGACCUGAGGGUCAACUCGGCGUCGCUGCAGGAGCUGGCCGUGGACCGCGAGAGCGGGCUGACACACCGCGUCGACAUCGUCGCCCCCGCGCUCAAGCAAUUGUCCGUGUCCUUGAUAGCCACAGAGGUCAGCAUCUCCGUCUUGGCUCCAAUGGUGGAGAAGGUCUCGUGGCACUGCUGCUACAGGGCGGGGUCUGUUACCUUUGGUCUUUGGGAGCUUGAGCAGGUCUCUCUAGAGACCUCAGAGAGCCAAGGACAGCUCCCUUCGCUGCAGAUUCAUGCCUCCAUAUUCCGGUCAAAUUUCCCCGGCGAGGCGAUCAGCUUCACGCAAGAGAUAGUGAAGCAUAUGGUUGUUGCCUUCUCCGCUCUGGAGCUUCAUCUCGAAACAAUCGGGCAUGUUUUUGGAGCAAUUGUGUUUCUUCUCCUUGGAAUGAAUCGGAUUCGUCCAGCUGUGCGGAGGCUUAAGCUCGUCCUAUGGAGAACAUCGGUGAGAGAAAGAUGCCUACCGAAUUGUCCAUGUCAGCCCAUGGACUGGAGAUCCCAAACUGUCUCCUUUACUCAUCUCCAAGAAGUGGAGAUCACUGGCUUUGAAGGGGCGGGUCAUGAGUUUGAUUUCUUAAAAUUGAUGCUCGGAUGUUCUCCGGCACUUAAAAAAAUGACUUUGAAGCUGUCACGUGAUGUGUGGUCAAGGGAACAUAGACGCACAAUAAUAAACGACAUCUUCAAGGCGUAUCCUUCCGUGCAAUGCUAUGUUUAUCUUUGCUCUGGGUUCAUGCAUGGCUACCAAAAUUAUGACUGACAUGAUCCUCAUCCAUACCUCUGCAAAUUCUUUGGUUCACAUCCGCAAGAUCAUCCUUUCCCAUGCUGAGAAACUCCAUACAUUUUGCGUAGUUUCUGGAGUACUUUUGCUUGGUUGCUUUAACCGAUUAACUUAAGUGAAUUGUGUAGUGCUUGCCAUGCCAAUCAAUCAUGGAUGUGAUAUAUUAUAUUUGGCCAACCUUUCUCAAUACUCAUGUGCUCCUACUGAUUCUGCUAAGCAGCGGUUCUAAAUGUCGA